AUCGCUUUAUAAAGGAUCUUGAUUUAACUUAUCUGUAAUCACGAAUCUUUAUAUGGUUCGACGAGAAUUCAAUUCACACUAUCGCGCGUUUGCAUGCUUUAAUAACAGUUAUUUAUGAUCAUGCACGCGCAUAUAUGUUCAACUAAAACUUUUUAUAUACCUUGAAUUGGACACCACUCAACAGUACGAUUGGAUCAGUUCGGUACAAAAAAUGUGGCUUCAUUGCAGCAUAUUGAUCUAUAUAUUUGGAUUUCUUCUCGUAAAAUCAUCUAGGUCGUUCGAUGAUGCCGUAGGAUAUUCCUCGUCCCUGGAUAGAAAAUUAACAUUAAAAUUAAAAACGGCGACGCGAUUAAAACACAAUCUCGGAAAGAUUCUUCAUGAGCUGCCGAGACAAAAUUAUGAACUAUACCACUCCGUAAAGACUAUUGAAGAUUACUUGAAGAAUGGAGGUUCACUGAUUGAAUGUCUUGAUAUCUUACCUUCCGUAAUAUAUGCGCCUAUCGGAGAACAGAUAGAUGUUAUUCUCGAAUCCAUGGAAAAUCAUUUGCCCAAGUUCGUUCUGCCAGCGAUAUCCUUCGUCAGGCGAUCCUUAUCGCAAGGCAUUUUAGACGCUGAUGAAAUCUACCGACCGACAUUUGGGCCACUGAAGGCUGAUCUGUUCGAAAAGAUACCUCUGAUAGAAUUGAAGAAAGCGGCUUUGCCUUUGAUCUAUCAUAAACCGAUCAAAGCUCUUGUGGGACCAUGGUCGAAAAUAAUCGGUGAAACGGCAUCGUUGAUCAACGACAAGAUCGUCCCUCCGCGUCGCCAAUUAAUUGCUUAUAUGCUAGCGAAUCUCAGGAUACCCGACAUGACGGCGGAGGUAAGAGAAUCGAUCGCGUAUCUCGUUGAACAUUUACAAUCGCAUGGCAAACGCGAAUUGACCGACUUCAGCGUGUCAUCCGAUCCAUAUACAUUAGUCGCCAACGCUAUCUCGAGUCUACCUCUACAGAAUGAGAUUUUGAUGAGGGUAAAUACAUUGUUGCCAUUUCUGAAGAAACCUGCGGAAUGUCGAAAAUCUGCAGAAUUUUCCAGCUUCUUUCAGAAUAAUAUUUUGAAUUAUACACUUCUGAUAUUGAGAGAUAGGAUGAUUUCUAGGUCAAAAGCCGGCAUCAUGCUCUUAUCCAUGAUAAAAAAUAACACGGAAGUACGGGACACCGUCGAACGACUCUCGCCUUUUGAGUACGCAUCUUGGAAAGAUUUGCUAUUGGCUUUCGUUAGCCAACUCAGACGUCGACAAACUCAUAGAGAUAGAAUGUCAGACAUCGUGGACACUGUCUAUGGUGAAUUGAUUCUGAGAAAUUCCCGAAAACAUUGGCAACUCUUGAGGAAUUCCAUUAUCGCUACACCAAUCUUCACUGCCAUAGCCAGAAGAGAAAGCUCUUCUAAGAUCCGAAGACUUCUUAUAGAAGUGGCUUCGGAUAAAAGCAUCAAGGAGGAAAUCUGGCAAAAGGCUCUCGCUUUUGCUUCUUCAGAGGAUAUCGACGGACCAAUGGAUGCCGUUUUGAAGACACUAAAGGCUUUGCUAGCUUCGGGAUUUCUUGACCAGACUGCCCUAUUAAUAAACAUCGCUGAAUUAGUGACUACAUACGAUAACAGAAUUAAUCAAGGCCAAGCUGAAUGUGUUAAUCGAUUGGAAACGUACUUGGCUAAUCUUACUCAAGUAGGAAUUGGCAAACAGAUGACAAUCGAGAAUAUUGAUGUUGAGGAUCUUCUUCAGGCUCUGCCUGAUUUAGAUGUCUACACGGAUGAAUAUAGAAAUUUGAAGAGUUUCUUGUCUCAAAAGGAGUUAGAAGCCAAGAUAGGGCAAGUUGACGUAAAUGCACAUCCCACCAGAGGUAGAUUGCUAGCACAGUUACUGCAAAUGAUAGAGCUUGCCGGCGGUAUUGAUGAUAGUCUACGUCACUUGGCCAAACAGUUUGUUGACAAUGUGGCUUACGAGGGCUAUGGCUCUGGCGCUUUGUUGUAUCGUUCCAGUUAGCUUGAGACUGAGCACGUUUUCCUAUGAUUCUUGAUUGAAUAAAUCUUAUUUGAUAAUUAUAUUGAUAUUUUGCAUGAGAAGAGAAGGAAAUAUUUAUCAAAAUAUAUAAUGUAUUAUAUGUAAAUAUUAUAUGUCAAAUUAAUGAUGUUAAAAUUGACAGUUUCCUUAUUCCUAGAUUCACUUCAAAAUACACAUAUUACUAUCGUUAAGCUUGCCUAUUAAGUUCUUUUCUUUUCUCAAUUAAGUUAAGCAAAAAUUUUUGCAGCAUGUUUCAUGCAUCAUUAUGAAGAUUUUCUUAAUUCCUAAAAUUAUACGAAAUUGAUCUCAUUUAGAAAUACAUUAUCUAUCAACUUUCGUAUUUGGCAUAAAUAAAAAAAAUCUUAAAUUUUUUUUGCAACACUAGUAAUGUCUGCUGUCUUCAGAACUAUAAGAAA